CAGGCAGGCAAGCAGCCUGUGAUGGGGCCCUGCUCAGAAGACCCCCAUCUCUGCUGGGCCUCCCGGCUCCUGGGAUUCACCAGCCUACUCCUCAGCAUCUGCUGCACUGGGGCCAAGAGUUCUGGGACACAUGGUUCUGGAGUUCAGGAUUCUGGAGCCCAUCUUCCUCUGCACAGGGUCCGAGGAGGUUCUGUAUUGUUUCAUGUGAACAGGAAGCAAGAAGCUAACCUGGAGAAGGUCACAUGGGGCUUUGGCCCUGAUUCAAACUACAGCGUCCUGCUGCGAGUCUCUGCUGGGGCAGAUGCUCCCACCUGGGUCAGCCUCCAGAACAAGUACCAGCAGAGGGUCCAUGUGCCCAACAUCUUGUCCCUGAAGAUUGAGAACCUGACCUCUGAGGACAGUGGACUGUACCGGGCUCGAGCCAGCUUCACUGGAGGAAUAGAACUUAACCAACUUUUCCCCCUCACUGUCUAUGAGCCAGUGCCCCUUCCCCAGAUCCUGUUCAAGUUACCGUCCGUCACACCAGGCUGGUGCAAUGUCACCCUGGAGUGCAGAGUCUCAGGGGCCACAGAGGAGCUGAAGGUGACCUGGCAGAGCAAGGGCCUCCCCAGGGAGCUGGAGCAGAGCGUGACACUGGGACCAGCCCCCAACUCCUGGACCCUGCCUGUGAACCUGCCCCUGAGGCAGCCCAGUGCCAGCUUCACCUGUGUGGUCAGCAACCAGGUGGACCAGAAAACUGCCACCUUAGACCUUGGGGAAGUCUGUGUCCAUGAUUCACAAGGACAGGUCAGUGCUGACCCCCUGCCAGGCAUCCUAGGGGCUGUCGUGGCUGUGCUGUUGAUCCUUGGAGGAGGACUAUACCUUUGGAAGACACGUGAGAAGAAGAAGAAAAUGGAGACUGGAAGAGGUACGGAAUUGCAGGAGGACCACAGGGACAAUGAUAGUGGCAUCCAGUACGCAGAGCUGAGCCAGCAGGAGUCUCGAAAGGGCACACACAAGGGUAUUGGUGAACAAGAUUUAGAAGAAAAGGAGCCUGUUAAUACUAUCUACAGUGAGGUCCAUAAGCCAGAAAGUGAAGCCAUGAAGAUAAUUUAAUUGGAGGAGGUAGGAGAACUGGAACUCCUAGGACACCUCCACUCAGAGCUUGAUCCUCGCAGACACCUGCAUCUCUCAGCUCUGGUCCAGCUCCAGCAGCCCUGGUCUGCAUUACUCUGACCCUCCUGCCCUCGACUCCGUGGGCUCACAUGGCCUUGUCAUAUCCUCUGUCACCUCUCCAAGCUGCCUUCCCGCUCAGGAUCCUCACCCUGCAGGAUGAGUGCUCUUCGUCCAUCAUUGACUCAGCUCCUGACCACUCUCCUCCUGAAGCUUCCCAAAGAGAACCUUCCUGCACAUGAUAAUUCCCACAGCCUCUGCUGUGUGGCUGGUGUGUGUCUUUCUGAGAACACAGCCCAGGCAUGGGGACUGUGUAGAAGAUAUUGACCAUGCCGCAGAGGAGGGGGUUAGGACCUUGAUGUGGGAAGCUGAGCUGGGGGUCCGUGGAGGCAGCAUGGGUAGGUGGGAUCCCACAAAGGGCUGGCCUGAGGCUUCCUUUGCACCCUGUAUAGGGCAAAAGGUUUGUGUCGAGCGGUGUGUUUGUGUGCGUGUUGGGGUAGUAUCCAGUGUAUAUUAUACAUUGUGCCACAGCCCUUUUCCCUGACCACUAGUACUAACCUCAGCUUCAGCUCGUUGACCUCAAAUCCACCUCUUGUGGAUUGGGAAAAGGAAUUUGUACCAUUUCUGGACCUUCCGAGACUUCUGUUUCUCAGAAAGGGACCCAAGUCGGAACUUGUGUUCUUAGGAAAGCAACCUCAGCCCUUCCUUGUCUGGGGUAGGGGUACUUGGUCAUUAGAGUGGAGGUGCAGUAUGCUGCUCCCACCUCCCCUUGAUGAGGCUGCUAUGAGGGGUGAGGGGUGAAACUUGUAGGAAGUUCUGAGCCAACCCUCUCCUGCCUCUUCUACUGAACCUCAGCGCCCCACAGCCCUGCUGGCCUCAGAUCCUAGGUCAGCCUCCUCUUUGCUCACUCACAUCCCUCUGCCUGAAAUGAUGGUUCCCUUUCCCUAUCCCUUCCUCCCAUCCCUGUGUGUUGGAAUCCUACCAUUCCAACCCCAAACCCCCUUCCAAGUCACAGGUUCUACAUGUUCCCAUAGGUUUGAAAAUAGUCCUUUUCAGACAACUUGGACAUAAUCAAGGCCCCUGCCAUAGGUUUGCUUUGGGUUAGUCAUGAGUCUUCCCUGCUAGCCUCACCUGGGGCUCCCUCAGGAGGGCGCUGGGGCUUUAGGAGGCCAGUGCCCAGGAGACAAGCACCUCUCUCUGUGAAGUGUCUGAACUACCCUUACUCCCUACUCCCACAGAGACUCAGUAGACAAGACCCAGAGCACAGAGGCUGCUGAAGUUCUUUCUGGUAGUGGCUCCACAAGGAAGCAAAGAGGACAUGAUGAACUCCAGUGACACUUCCUGGUUUCCCCAACCCACAUCCAGCUUCACGUUGCCUGAGGACCUAAUGUAGCCUGCACUGUAUUGUGUGGAAGCUUCUCCUCUCUCUGGGGGUCCUCACCUCCUCAAAGCCUCUGCCUUCUGCCUUGAGUCCCAGCUCUUGAAUCGGAGAUGGACUCACUCUGAUACUAUGAUCUGUGGUCCUUUGUCUGCUGGCCUAGAUUCCCGGGUCUCUUGGUUCCCCUUCCAGCUCAUCAAGCUCAGCUGCUUCCCUUCUGACCUCAGAAAGCCAAGUUCUGAGCUAAAGGCUUGAGCGUUAUGCUAGGAUCCUGCUAGAUGGUGCAUGAAUCAGAGAGGAGCAGAGUUUCCAUAAUAAGGCUCUUUCUAACCUCUUCCUGCUCAGGCUGAACAGAAGGCUGAGAAGGAAAAAGAUGACAUCUCUCACUGGCAUCCCAGGUGACCAGUCAUGGCUGGGUAUCAGGGCCCAUCAGUCCAGAAGCAGUGUAAGAUGUGACCACUCACUGACCCCUCCCCUCCACCGAAAGCAGAAGAGAAAAAAAAUGAAAGAAGAAGGGAACUUGACUUUCCAACCCUAUCAUGAACCAGGGUUUGUCCCAGGCAUUUUAUAACUAUCAUUUCUUCUUAUUCUUACAAGAACUCUCUAGGGUAGGUAUUACUAUCCCCAUUUUGCAGGACAAGUAACCAAUGUCCCAAAAUAGUUGGUAGCAGAGCAAAGCCUUAAAUCCAACACUGGACAAUUACAGAAUUCAUAUCUUAUCCUUUGCCACAUGGUCACUGAAGACCUUAUAAUCCUGGAGUAUUCAGAGGAGAAUAUCCUCCAUUUCCUCCUCUCCAAGGAUCCUGGUCUUCUGACUCAGGUGCCCCAACUUGGAAUGAAUUCAUCCUGAUGAUGGAUGGAGCAGUUUGUGGUUGAAAGAGGAAUUGUCCCUUAAGUGGACAGUGGGGUAGGAGAUGUGGGUGGGAGACAUGGAAUGAGAGACCCUGCCCUCUGGCUCAGAUAAGACAUUCAAAGCAGAGAUGCUUCUUCCUCUUGGGUCUUGUGGGAGUUACUUCCUCUCAUUCAAUGUGUAUUGUGGAUUUCAGCAUCCUUAUUCUCAAGCCAACUUCCUUUUCUAUUAUUAUUCAUAACUUCAUUCAACAGUUAUGCGAGAGAGAAAUCCUCAAUGUACAAAUGGAAAAUUAAAAUCCAGAGAUGUUAAGUACCCUACAGAAGUUCUCCCAAGUGUAAGUAAUGUAGGCAUAUCAGGGGAUAAUAAUUUCACACACUGUGAUUCCUUUCUCUCUGCCAUCCCAGACAUCCAACCAGUUACCGUCUUCCAUUGGGUUAUCCUUCAUAAAGCUUCUUGUACUCCAUUCUCCUCUUAUUCUUUCAUUCCCAUCUUACACCUGCAGCUGCACCAUUUUUACAUUUCCACCAGCAAUGUAUGAGAAUUUCCCCACAUCAUCUCCAACUCUUGUUAUUUUUUGACUGUAGCCAUCCUAGUGCUGGUGAAGUGGUAUCUCAUUGUGGUUAUGAAUUGCAUGUCUCAAAUGAUUCACGUUGAACAUGUUUUCAUGAGCAUAUUGACCAUUUGUAUACUUUAUUUGAAGAAAUUUCUUCUAUCCCGAAUUGUCCCUUGUCAUCCAUUGCCCCUACCUCUCCGUUGAGUCUGCUUUUGUCCAGUCACCAGGGAACUUCAUGUUGUUAAAUCCAGUGGUCAAUUCUCAAUCCUCAUUUCCCAUAACUUCUCAGCUGCAGUGGACCUAUAUUUUCUGGAAACACUGUUUUCACUUUGCAUUCACUAUUCACAUUAUUUUCCUCCUACUGGGUGGUUGCUCCUUAAUUUCCUUUAUCAGUAUCUUUCUGAUAUCUCCAACUUCUAAAUUUUGGAAUAACCCAGGGUUCAUACCCAGACCACCCAGACCACAUCUCUUCACUGUCUACACUCAUUUCUUUUUGAUGUUAUGGCCAUGCAGUAAUCCCAUGACUACAUGAUCUUAUGUGGCAAAAGGGACUUAAAGAUAUGAUCCCUCCCCUGGACUCCACAUUGUACAUAUCUGACUGUUUACUUGACAUCUCCACUUGCGUGUAUGACAAGCAUCUCCAUCUUGACAUGUCUAAAUUCAAACUCCCCAAACAUGCUUCCUAUACAAUUUCUCCAAAUGUCAACUCAAUCCUUCCAUUUUCUCUGGCCACAAAACCUUGGUGUCAUCCUUGACUUCAUUCUUUCUCUCACACCCCACCCUCUAUCUCUAUUAGAAUAUACUGAUAUCUUUUCAUUCUAUAUAUAUUCAAAUGCUUAUUUUCAUAUACCUAUAUGAAAAAAUUAUAUUUAUAAUAAAAUACCUCUCACCACCUCCCUAGUCCAAUAGGGUCAUCAUUUCUCACCUGGAUUACUGCAGUAGCCUCCGAGUCUCCUACUUUUGUCUUUAAUCCUUUAAUGUCUAUUUUCAUAAUAUCACCCAGAUUUAUCUUUUCAGAAACUAAGUUGCAUCACAUUACUCGUUAGCUCAGAACUACCUCAUGGGCCCACUUUAUCUGGAAGGCCCUGUAUCAGCUGACCUCAUCUCCCCCGCUCCCCUCCUUCCUAAUCCACUCUAGGACACUGGGCUCCUUGCUAUUCCUUCAAUACUACAUGCAUGCUCCUUCCGCAAGGCCUUUGCUCUCUAGAAUUCUCUGCCUCUAAGUAUCCACAUGUCUCGUCUCCUCACCUCCUUCAGGUCUCUGUACAGAUGUUAACUCUUCAGUAAGACCUACCCUGACCUCCCUAUAUAAAACUGCAAACUCUUCCUGGUGCCCUCCUCCUUCCUCCAUGGUCUAUUUUUCUCCAUAGUACUUUCACAAGGCUGUGUGACAGGGUACAUUUAUUCUGGGCUGUAGUUUAAAGACAGGUGGGUAUUGAGGCCUCAAAUUAUAAACUGCAGUCCUAUUAUGCAAAUACCAUUAUUAUUCCCAGGAAACUGCAACACUGAUAAAUUAAUGAACUUACUCAAGGUCACAUAACUAAUAGGUGGCAGAGCUAGAAUUGAAGUCUUGGAGUUGGCUUCUAAAGCUCUUGACCACUGUACACCAGUUAAAUAAAGUAUAUUCUCUCCACAUGAGGGAAUACUAUUUAUGUAAUAAGGAGAAUAAGUUAUAAAUUACAUCUUUAUCUAUUUGAAUGGAAAGUUGCCCAUGAAA